AUGGCACCUGUUACCAUUAAACUUCGAGACCCUCCCGAGGAGGUGCGACAGAAGCUGGGCUUGAGUAAACAACAAUUCGACAAUUUCAAGACUUAUGCUCUCAACGUGCAUCGAGAGUACUGCGCACGUCAUCCGCAUUCCAGCUGGGCUAACCAAGAGACCGUGUGGUCAGCCAUCCCCGAGGUCGAGAAGCAGCAAGUCGUCCGGAUGUUGAAAACCAUGUGCACGGACAGAAGACUGUUUCCGCCGGGAUUUGAUGGAACCCUGGUCCAAUCCGGCUGUGAGCAGAGACUGCAUCAAUGCCGUAGAACUUGGCAGCAAACAGGAAGAACAAGAGGGAGGGGUGCCCGAGCAGGUGCUGAGGACGAUGACCCUCAAGAGGGCCCCUCUCGAUAG